CCGCGCUCUGCAGCCUCGCUCCAGUUCCCACCUCCACCUCCACCAUGGCUGCCGUGGGCAUCACCUCCCCUCCGGCGCCAGCGCCACACGCCCUCGCGCCCGCCGCAUCUCCUUCCGCUUCCUCAUACUCCACGCUGGGCCUCCGCCGUCUCCGCCUCUCGCCCCGUCUCGCCGCCGGCGGGGCGUCGUUCCGCGCGCGGCGGUGCGCCGCCGCUGCCGACGCUGGGGCCGCGGCCUCGGAGGGCGCCUCUGCAGUGGCGGACCCCGACGCGGGCACAGACGUUGCCGGAGGCGCCGCGACCUCCACGCGGCCGCCCUACUCGAUCAUCUCCGCGGACAACGUGCAGAAGGCGAUGCGCGGCCUCGCAAUUACAGAUGCUGAUCACUAUGGGAGACUUGGAGUCACCAGGCUAGCUUCUACCGAUGAGGUAAAAGCUGCUUACGAGAAGAAGUGUGAAGAACUAAAUAGCAAAGAACUAGAAGAAGAGGAGCUUCACAAGGAAUAUGACCUCAUAAAGGAAUCAUUUACCAUACUAUCAACCGAGGAAGAGCGAAGAUUAUAUGAUUGGAGCUUGUCAAGAAGUGGACAGCCUGAGCGAUAUGUGUGGCCAUUUCAAGUUGAUCCUUUGGAGAUGGCACCAGAUCCUCCACAGGAACCAGAAGAUGAGUUACCAACCAAGCUCGUUGGCUACUUCUUGCUGGCGUGGUUCAUACUCUCCGUUGCUUUGUCAGUGACCCUCAACAAAUAAGGAAUUUCUCCCAAAAAGAGCAUAAAUUGUAACCCAAUAAUCUCUUUGAAACGCCUUGGUUAUACGUACUAGUCCGGAGACUAGUACACACAUUUAUUACAUUCAGAUGUUCUCAGUUCACUAGCUGUGAUGGGAGCGGGCGAUGAAACCACGCCACCCACUAUAGUAACCAUAAUACAAUAAAGAAUCAUGUGAAUCCA